GAGGAACAAGACACCCUGAGCGCUUACUCUUGUGUGCUUCUACUGAUGAGAUUCCACGCAAAACUCCACAAAAGCCACCUUCUUUGAUUCAACAAAUCAACAUCCAAUUUUAAAAAUCCCAUUUUGUUUUCCCUUCUUUUUUUCUUAUAUAAUCCAAUUUUCCCUUUGAAUACUCCUUCAUCUGGGGUGAAGAUGGACGCCAAUGACUGGGUAGUUCUUUCUGAUGACAGUCUUUUUGAUCUCAACGAAGAUUGUGUUGAGAAGCAGGUCUUUUUGGGGAAAAGAAACUUGGAUUCAAAAAGUGUUUUUGAUGUGGAUGACUAUUACUUCUGCACCUCACCAAAAUUCAAGAAAACCUCCGAGGAAUCAAGGAAUUUUCAUGUGAGGGUUUCCCAAGAGCCUGUCCAUAUUCCAAUUCGAUUGGAAUCAAGAAUUGGGGAGGCCCCAGAUGAAGGGUUAGUGGAAGAAACCACAAAGGAACAUGUUGAGGUCACUCUUGUGCCAUCAUCACCUAUUGCCGCUGAGAAAAUCAAAGGAGUGGUUUUGGAAGCUGAUAAAGACACUUUACCACAUAUUUUGUCAAAAUUCAGGGAAAUUGAGUCCCCAAAGUCUAUUGGUAUAGGAUUGUUCCUUAAACCUGACAUGGGUGGUUUGAAAUUUGAGGGGAUCGGUAGUGAGGCACAGGAGAUGCCCAGAAUGAAGAUUGAUAGAGAUGUGACUCUUAUGGACUCUAGCAAUGAAGUGGAGGACUCUGGUGAUGGUUUUAACUUUUGGAAGUGGAGCAUGAAUGGUGUUGGAGCUAUCUGUUCAUUUGGGGUUGCUGCUGCCACAAUCUGUGUUCUGAUCUUUGGCAGCAACCAAAAGAACAAGUUCCACCAGGAUCAGAAGAUUCGAUUCCAGAUCUACACUGAUGACAAGAGGAUUAAGCAGAUGGUUGAGCAUGCAACCAAGUUGAAUGAAGCAGCAUUUUCAGCAAUGAGCGGUCUUCCUCUAUGCAGAGCUCGCAUAACUUGCGGUGGUUUCUGUGAUGGUGUUUGAUUUAGGCAUUGAUUUAGGAAGUUUGAGAUACUACCAUGAGUCAACGACAUGGAAGAAGUGGCCAAAAUCUUCUGUUCAAGAUCUAUCAUAUAGCUUUUUUCUUCUAUGUAAAUAAAAUAAGUAGGUUUGGUGCUGGUAAAUUAAGCUACAGAUUACAUUAAUAUUAUCUGUUUGAUUUUGAAGGUUGGCUAAAGUAGUGAAAUAAUUGGUUGAAUUAAAGUGGGAUAGAGUAAGAAUAAGUAUAGAAACUUUAGGCAUGUUGGUACAAAUCUUGGCACAAGUAGGCAGAACUAAGAGUGACAGCAAUUAUAAACUUUUGGGAAAUAAAGUGAAGUCAUUAGAAAACAUUUCUUUUCUUUCAAGCAACUCUAUCACCAUUGU